UUUGACGAAGUCUGAGAAGGAAUACGUUCAGCGGAAUGGAUUACAAGCGAAUAUUAUUUUUCUUCAGCAUUGCUGCAGCACUGCUCUUGUGUAAUUUUGUGAGAGCCGAUGAAACGGAAACGGAAGUGAUUGAGGAGGAUCCGCAGCUUUUGGAGGCUGGAGAAACUGCACAGGGUGAUUCCGGAGAUGAGAGUGUGCGGAAAGUGCGCCAGUACUUUGGACCACCUCCGUUUGGUCCACCACCACCACCCUUCUUUGGCCCACCUCCACCACCGUACUAUGGCGGUGGUUUCAGUGGCGGUUUCGGCGGUGGCUUCCAGAGAACUCGAGUGGUCACCCGUACCCGUUACCGUGGACGCGGUGGCUAUUACGGAGGUGGCUUCUAUGGCUAAGCAGCUGAGUUAAAUUUCGUUGCCCAUUUUGUGAUACUUCUUUUGUACUGCCCCAUUGGGUGCAAUAAAAUUAACUACCUUAUGCAAGUCCA